AUGGAAGAAGAGAAGAAGAAACCAGAAAAUGUUCCGGUGAAGAAGAUAGCUUCAUCGUGCGACGUAGAAGCGUUGAAGAAAUGUUUGGAAGAAAACAAAGGAGAUCAAUCCAAGUGUAAGUCUCAUGUCGAAGCUUUCAGAUCUUCUUGUUCUCUUCCUCCUCCUCAACUCAAGAAAAAACCCUAA